AUGGCAGGUUCUGCUGUCAGAGUUCGACAUCAUUUAUGGGCGAUAAAGGGAAGCGCCUUGGCAGAUUACCUAGCUCAGCAGCCCAUCCAUGACUAUCAACCUAUGCAUCCAGAAUUCUCGGAUGAGAACAUCACGACCUUGUUCAAGGAAGAAGUGGAGGAUGUGGAUAGGGACAAAUGGAUAGUGUGGUUCGAUGGCGCGUCCAACGCAUUAGGCCAUGGAGUAGGGGCGAUUUUGCUUACCCCCGACGAUCAAUGCAUACCCUUCACAGCUAGGUUGGGCUUUGAUUGCACGAAUAACAUGGUCGAGUAUGAGGCAUGCGCCCUCGGGAUGCAAGCAGCAACCAACUUCAAGGUCAAAUUGCUCAAAGUAUAUGGAGACUCAGCCUUGAAUAAAGAUAUACAAACAAGAACUAGGCCCAAUGAAAAAGCAGAAAAAAUGGGAUUCAUAAAUAAUACUACUCCUAGACUUCCUAAUAUAAGACCCGAUCCAAGAAGGGAGGAGAAUCAAAUGGCCGAUGCACUUGCCGCUCUAGCAUCCAUGUUUCAGCUGACCCUGCAUGUGGACUUGCCGUACAUCGAGUUCAGAUGUCACGGCAAGCCCGCACAUUGCUGCGUAAUAGAAGAAAAGCAAGAUGGUAAACCUUGGUACUUCGACAUCAAGCGAUACAUCAAAGACAAAGAGUACCCACAUGGGGCUUUCGACAAUGACAAGAGAACAUUGAGAAGGUUAGCAGUUAGUUUCUUCCUGAGUGGAAGCAUUCUGUACAAAAGGAACCAUGACAUGGUUUUGCUCCGAUGUGUGGAUGCUAGGGAAGCUGAGUAG